GUAUAUGAUGGGGUGGGCGCGUCCAAUAUUCAUGAGCGAACCGGGAUCCACAUUCUUGGCUGCGCUCGCGACUGGUCCUCAAGUCGCGCCUACCGCAGCGCCCGUAAGUAGUUUGUAUUCAGAUUUCAUACAGCUAUACUGAAUUGCAACUAUGUUUUCAAAAGGCCCUUUGUGGACGCCGGAUGGCAUGUGAGCCCCUGACUUGGCGUCUUUAGUCGCGAAAGCAUAUGUAUUAGUUAAUGAGCCACGUUGCAUACUUAAUCUUUCAUUAGAGAAUGUAUUAAGGCCAUGGCUUGCAAGGAUGUCUGGCAUUUUGCAGACUAUCGCAGAGGACCCGACUGCACCUAUAUUUGACCUUAUCAAGGAGGGUAGAGUUACAGUUUGGGAAGGGCCUGUGUUUGGGCUCACGACUAGCGUCAAGUACACGGACUUCCUUCACCUUGCCGACGUCGACGUGGCCCCCAAGCCGCUCGGCGCGUGCUUGGUUUCGGUCAAAUGGAAGGAGAGUGGCGUCAAGUACAAGGGCGCGUCAGGAGCGCACGCCUUCCGCGAGGUCGUCAGGACAGCCAUCACAGCUGCCUUCCCCGCCUUCGCACCGCGUGUGCGUAGGCGCAACCCCAACAGCGGCGAAAAGCCGCGCAGCCAGGUCUUCACGGAGCAAGCGCUGCAGCAGGGAGGUAAGCCGUGGCUUGGCUGGGGCUGGUUGACUCUCUAGGGUGAAUUCACAUGCAUGUUACCGUAACCGACAGUAAACGCUGUGGACAGUCGCGCCCAUGGCUGGCUGGUGGUGGCUGCUGUACGUGACUAUUACGGACGUCCUUGACAAGUGACUAGCAACUCCUUUGAAGAUUCGAAGUACCUUGCGUGCAUCAGCGCCUUGUAAGCCCGUUCCCAC